GCUGCGGCUCCGGCUCCGGCUCCGGCUCCGGCUGCUGCUCGGGUGGGGGUGAGCGGCGGCGAUGACAGCGGCGGUGGCAGCGGCUGAGGCGCGGGGCUGAGCGAUUGGCGAGCGAGCCGCAGAAAGAGGAAGUGGAGCCGCGGCCCGGAGCCGGUUGCCGUGCCGAAGUCCGCUUUAUUUUGUCCAGCGAGCAGAGUCCGGAUCUGGGAAGACUUCCCCGCGGGGCUCCUACCGGCGCCCUGCCCUGCCCGGCCUGCCCCAGCCUCGGGCUCUGCGCCGGGACGCUCCCAGCCCCGCGGUCCCGGGCAUCGUGGCCGGGACGCCCCGAGGCCCCGAGCCUGAUUCGGUGAAUCAGUGCGGGACGCCCCUGGUCCGGUGGUUGCCGGCUCCUUCCCAGCCUUUCUAUCCAUGUGUGUCAGAGACCCCAGCCCUCCGCCCCGGGGUUAACGCACGGUGCCCCUAGCUCCCCGACCUGGGUGCAGAGGAACCUGGGCGUCCCCAGCCCCUGGCUCGCGGAGACCUGAACCUUCAGCUGCCUCCGACCUGCUGUUUCGGACUUGGGACUGCACGACCGCCCGGCAAGCACCAGUCGGGGGUCCAGCGCCCCGUGAGGGGUCCGGGCGGGCAGGACAGUUGGACUGAACCGGACUGGGCUGGUGCUCGGAGCCCAAGCGGCCACCUUUUUUUCCGCCCCAGCUGAGGGACUCAGCGCUUGCCCCACAGAGGACUCGGGGCCAGCCUCCGCCCCGGCGGCCGGCAAGAACCGAGAGCUGCAGGACCAGCUGGGGGCCCCCAUGGGCGCAUGAGGGCUGGGCGCCGGGGCCGCGGGCACGAGCAUGGUGAGACACCAGCCCCUGCAGUACUAUGAGCCACAGCUGUGCCUUUCCUGCCUCACGGGCAUCUACGGCUGCCGCUGGAAACGCUACCAGCGCUCCCACGAUGACACCACACCGUGGGAAUGCCUGUGGUUCCUGCUCCUCACCUUCACCUUCGGCCUCACGCUCACCUGGCUCUACUUCUGGUGGGAAGUCCACAACGACUACGAUGAAUUCAACUGGUACCUCUACAACCGCAUGGGCUACUGGAGCGACUGGUCCGUGCCCAUCCUCGUGACCACAGCCGCCGCCUUCACGUACAUCACAGGCCUCCUGAUCCUGGCACUAUGUCACAUCGCCGUGGGGCAGCAGAUGAACCUGCACUGGCUGCACAAGAUAGGGCUGCUGGUCAUCCUGGUCGCCACGGUGGUGGCCAUGUCGGCCGUGGCCCAGCUGUGGGAGGACGAGUGGGAAGUGCUGCUGAUCUCCCUGCAGGGUACGGCACCGUUCCUGCACGUGGGGGCCCUGGCCGCCGUCACUGCGCUCUCCUGGAUCGUGGCUGGACAGUUUGCCCGCGCAGAGCGGUCCUCCUCCCAGGCGGCCAUUCUCUGUACCUUCCUCGCCGUGGUGUUUGCCCUCUACCUGGCCCCCCUCACCAUCUCCUCUCCCUGCAUCAUGGAGAAAAAGGACCUGGGCCCCAAGCCCGCCCUCAUCGGCCACCGGGGAGCCCCCAUGCUAGCCCCAGAGCACACGCUGAUGUCCUUCCGGAAGGCCAUAGAACAGAAGCUGUACGGGCUGCAAGCUGAUGUCACCAUCAGCCUGGACGGCGUGCCCUUCCUCAUGCACGACACCACCCUGCGGCGCACCACCAAUGUGGAGAGGGAGUUCCCGGCGCUCGCCCGCAGGCCUGCCUCCAUGCUCAACUGGACCAUUCUGCAGAGGCUCAACGCCGGCCAGUGGUUCCUGAAGGCUGACCCCUUCUGGACGGCCAGCUCCCUGUCGCCCGCUGACCAUAGGGAGGCCCAGAACCAGUCCAUCUGCAGCCUGGCCGAGCUCCUGGAGCUGGCCAAGGGCAACACCUCCCUGCUGCUCAACCUGCGGGAUCCGCCGCGGGAGCACCCCUACCGCAGCAGCUUCCUCAAUGUCACGCUGGAGGCUGUGCUGCGCUCGGGCUUCCCCCAGCACCAGGUCAUGUGGCUGCCUAACAGGCAGAGGCCCCUGGUACGGAAGGUGGCUCCUGGCUUCCAGCAGACGUCAGGCUCCAAGGAGGCGGUGGCCAGCCUGCGGCGGGGUCACAUCCAGCGGCUGAACCUGCGCUACACUCAGGUGUCCCGCCAGGAGCUCAGGGACUACGCCUCCUGGAACCUGAGCGUGAAUCUCUACACGGUCAACGCACCGUGGCUCUUCUCCCUGCUGUGGUGUGCAGGGGUCCCCUCUGUCACCUCCGACAACUCCCACGCUCUGUCCCAGGUGCCUUCCCCACUCUGGAUCAUGCCCCCCGAUGAGUACUGCCUCCUGUGGGUCACGGCCGACCUCAUCUCCUUUACCCUCAUCGUUGGCAUCUUCGUGCUCCAGAACUAUCACUUGAUCAGGUGGCGCCUGGGGGGCAUACGGAGCUACAACCCAGAGCAGAUCAUGCUGAGCGCCGCGGUGCACCGCACCAGCCGGGAUGUCAGCAUCAUGAAGGAGAAGCUCAUCUUCUCAGAGAUCAGCGAAGGUGUGGAGAUCUCUGACGAGCUCUCCAUAUGUUCAGAGAACAAUUACGACACUUACGCCAACAGCAACACCACCCCUGUGGCCCCCCGAAAUGGGGGCAGCCGCACCAAGACCCUCAUGGAGCGGAGCGGACGUUAACUGAAGACGUGUCUGUCCCAGCUUGUACAUAAAGUAGGAGCCAGGUGAACCCAGGAGGGCUGGCAGAAGCAUGUCUGCACUGGGAGUGUUCUGGGAGCUGGCUUUGCAGCCCUUUGUGGGCUCCAGCCCCUUGUUAGCCAUGACACCUCUUGGAGGAGCUCCCCUUGUCCCUGAGGCCCGGCUGGUCUCUCAGACGCCCCCGCAGGCCCGGGGCUCCUUGUUCUGGGAAGGGCAGGGCCUGGGCUGGUCCCCUCCUGAGGCCUCCCCCUGUAUCCCCACCUGCAAGCCUUGAUGGGUCACUGGGCCAUGCCCCUGUGGCAACAGGGGAUGUGGAUGCCCGCAUGUGCCCAUGCAUGUCCAUCCUCCUGUUGGUGCCGUGGGGGUACUCACUUCUCCAUCAUGCUCCUGCCUCGAGGGCCUGGGCUGGCCUCUACCCCCAGCAGCCCUGCUCUUCAUGUCAGACUCAAAGCACAAAGGCCCAGCCCGAGAGGAGCGCCUGCUGCAGUGGUGGAGACCUGUCCUCCUCCCAGUCAUGGCCCAAGCCAUGUCCCCCAGGAGCAGCUGGAGAUGGCCAGAGGAGAGGCUCAGGGCCACCCAGUCCCACACCCAGGUGUCCAACGGGCCCAGGACGGAGAGGCCCUGAGGCCCAGGAGAGCCCCGACUGCCACAACCUCAGAAGAUUCCCAUGUCAGUGGCCACAGAGCAGGGGCCGCCUAGGAAGUGCUGUGGUCAUGGUCAGGGGUGGGUGUGUGGCAAGGAGGGAGGGAGCCCGAGGGGCCUUGACCAGGAUGAUUAAAGCUGCCAUCUCGAUA